AUGGAGUCAAUCCGCAACAUUGUGUGUGCAAACCUGACGUUGCUUCACAAUGGUUUGAAGCAGCUGCACGGCUACACGCCAGGAGCCUCGGAAACCCUGCAACUCACGCUACGCCCUUUCCGCGAGACUGACCUCGAUGACUUCUUUGGAUGGGCGGGAGACGAUGCAGUAACCCGCUUUAUGACUUGGGAAACAUUUCCCAACAUAGAAAACGCGAGGCAAUUUCUGACGACUGUGAUAAUCCCUCACCCGUGGUUCAGGGCCAUCUGCAUUAAUGAUAAGGCCGUGGGUCAUGUUCUGCUCAGACAGGGCACUGGAAUUCAUAGCUGUCGUGCCGAGUUGGGCUAUGCUGUUAGCAGCAACUACUGGGGCAGAGGCAUUGCUACUGAAGCUGUCAUGCGGGCUAUACUGGCUGGGUUCUCUGAUCUUCCUGGACUGACACGCAUAGAAGCCAUGGUGCUGCCUGAGAAUCUGCCUUCGCAGAAGGUGCUCGAAAAGGCUGGGUUUACUCGAGAGUGCCUGCUUCGACGCUAUAUUAAGAUUCGUGAGAACGUCCGAGAGUGUAUUCUUUACAGUCAUGUUUUACCUGUGGCUUCCUCUUCUUAA